CCGCAGUGUCCUCUUUUUACUUGAACAUCGAGCACAUCCAGCUAACGUCACCCUUAAAGCGAAGCGAGCACCAAGUGGUCGCUGUGUCGAUAAUUGUCGUAUUCAUCCCCAGCAUGAAGGAGAGACGCCUCCCGCAGCCUUUGGUGGCGCGUUGCAAACUAGUGCUGGUUGGAGAUGUCCAGUGCGGCAAAACAGCCAUGCUGCAAGUCCUGGCCAAGGACUGCUACCCAGAGACAUACGUCCCUACUGUGUUUGAGAACUACACAGCCUGCAUGGAUCUUGACGGCCAGCGUGUUGAGCUGAGUCUUUGGGACACAUCAGGUUCUCCAUAUUACAACAACGUCAGGCCCCUCUGCUACAGUGCCUCAGAUGCAGUCCUCUUGUGCUUUGACAUCAGCAGACCAGACAUAGUAGACAAUGCGUUAAAGAAGUGGAAAGCAGAAAUUCAGGACUUCUGUCCCUGCACACGGAUUCUGCUAAUCGGCUGCAAGACAGACCUGCGCACUGAUGUUUGUACACGCAUGGAGCUGUCUAGUCAGAAGCAGACGCCAAUCUCUCAUGACCAGGGUUGUACCUGGGCCAAGCAGCUUGGCGCUGAGGCGUACCUGGAGUGCUCGGCGUUCACAUCAGAGAAAAGUGUCCAUAGUGUAUUCCGUGCGGCGGCCCUGGCCUGCAUGAACAAACUGCAGCCUGCCAACAAGCCCAGCCCGGUCCGCCGUCUCUCUAAGAGACUCCUACACCUGCCCAGCAAGACAGACCUCCUCUCCACCACUUUCAGCAAGGACAAGUCGAAGAGCUGCACCAUCAUGUGAACACAAAGCGGUUGCACACGAGGACGAGCGUUCACAGCAGUGAUGUUCGGAGCAGUGAUGUGGUUUCACAUUAUUUAUCCUCGCUUCACUGCAAACGCCCUGUCAUUUCUCCCUCUAUGUUCGACUGAGACAGGCUUAAAAGAAAGUUCCCCAUGGAUUGACUGUGAAAGCCUGCAUAUGUGCAAAUGUGGAUGCAAUGGACUCUUUGCACACAUGUUGUUGAGGGAGUUCAUCUAAGAUCUUUAUGGGUGAAGGGAAUGCCGCAUUUGAACACAUUACCUUAAUUAUCACCCAUUCGAAAUUCGAGUAGAGGCACUGUGAUUCCUCCAUCUGCCCGGGAAGUGUCGAUAUAAUGCUCACUUACCAGACACUUUAUUAGGUACACCUACACAAUCUAAUUUGGCCCAAUCCCAGAACAAUAUUACUUGAUUUACCCCACAUGGGUGUAAUCAAGUACGGUUCUAUUUUAAACACUGUAUUAUUGUUUCUUGUGUUGGAUCUGAUGUUGUGUAGGCAUUCCUGAUGAUUUGAUCAGUGUGUCUAUUUUUAACUGCUUUGCCCCCGGAAAUGUUGUUCCUCUGCUGUGCUCACGUGAAUGUCACCAUGGGGCACAUUGAAGCUAUAGUGUGAAAAACACAAACAGCGGUCCUUGAAGGAGUUAUUCCCUUGCUGUCCUCUAACGGUUUUUCAUUUGGAUUAAAGCUGACAGUGAAGAAAGUAGCAGCAAAGGGAGUAAUUUGGCAAGGAAGAGCUUCCCUUCUCAAAGGCAGUGGGAGGCUGAACUCGUGGGACAAAAUGUGACUCAGCACUCACGUGAGUCCUACAAGGCUGAGGUGAGCCACGUAUCAUCGCAGUAAUUGGGUGAUUAACCGUAGAACAUUAAUGCUUCAUCUCAAGACCCCGACAAUCCACACCCUUUUGCACGGUGUCAUUUCAAAUGGUCCUUGAUGUGAAACUGGCCUGGUUAUGCAACACUUUGUCACCCAAAAUGCAUUUAAACAAAUGUCCUGAGGUAAUGCUGGUCAACACGGGGGUGUCAAACUCAAACAGGCUGGUCCUGUCUAGGGAAAGAGUUGUCUCAUCCUUCUAUUCUUUAAAAAUGUUGUUUUUAAGUUACCAUCAAAGACAUUAUUUGUGACCCAAAAAACAAAACAUGGAUGUUUCUAUCUUUACUGUUACUGUUGUAUUCACUUGAGCAUCAGUGUCUGACAGCUUAGCUAAUGGAGAACUUGACAAUUUGUUGGUCUGCACCAAGAAGACCGGAGUUGUUCGGUAAUGGAGAACACUGGAAUUUAGCAUGUUGCCUAGCAACAGUGUCAGCGGGGUUCCUGUCUGGCGCGGAGACGGAGGGAAGACUCUCGGAGAGAGGCGCCUCACCUUUUAUUUGUUGCUUUAGACAGACCUGUGCCAAGGUGGCGGCCAGUCACCAAACAACAGUCAAUAGCAGCCAAGAGGAUUUGGAACACCUUCUAAAAUGCACUUGGAGCUAUAUUGAUAUUUAUUUCACAGUACUUCCUACAGCAUUUCAGCUUUUUCUCCUUUGCUCAUUUUUUGUUCAUAUCCUACAGCCUGUUAAAAAGUAUUUCUGUGAAGUUGCUGAUAAUGAAAUACAUUGACUUGUUUCUGUAUUUGCUGUUGCCACACACUAGUUUCAUCUUCAAAUCUUUAUU